AUGUCUGAAGAGGAACCCUCUGCAGCCCCAACGCCAAAAGAUGGUCAAUGUUCAUUUUAUUUGAAGAAGAAAAAUCGUUUCUGUCGAUUUCGGCCUAAUAAAGAUCAGAAAUACUGUGCUGAACAUUCUAUCACUAUGGGGGUAGAAUUAGAAAGAAAAAGAGUUGUCUGUCCUUUAAAUCCAUUACAUACCUGCUAUGAGGAUAUGUUGAGGAAACAUAUUAAGAAAUGUAACAACAGAAAAAAACCAGAAGAGGUGCACUAUGUUGAAGGUAUCAACUCCGGUAGUGAUGUUGAAGAGAAAAAGGUUUCUUUUAACUCUAUAGAUACUGCAGACCUACGUUGUCUCAUAGAAAAAAUAAACAAACUUUAUGAUGAGUAUAUUGGAACUAUAGAAGAAGAUAUCUUAACACAUGAUUGUUUAAAAGAAGAAUUAGAAAAUAGUUCGUAUGGAACGGCAGCCAUGAGACAUCGGAAACAACAGGCGUCACUAGUAGGUCAUAUGAAUAAAUUAGGUUUACUUCAAGAUAAUACCAGGUUUAUUGAGAUGGGAGCUGGUAAAGGUCAACUAUCACACUGGGUAGAGAGGGCGGUACAAGAUAAAAAUAAUAUAAGUUUUUUACUGGUAGAUAGAGGAAGUGCUAGAUAUAAGGUAACAUUAUUUUUUGAGAGGCUGAAAAUAGAUAUAGAACAUCUGGAUCUAGAUAAAGUAGCUAGUAUCAAAAACAGUCAAAAAGAAAAUGUGGCCAUUGGUAAACAUCUUUGCGGGGCAGCAACAGAUUUAGCUUUAAGAUGUCUGUUAAGUCACAAUGGUCAGAACAGACACACUUGUCCCGAGAGUCACAACAGUGAAUUUCCAAAUAAAAAACUAAAAACAAAUAAUGGAGGUUCUAUAGCUCAAACAGAAAGAAGAAGUAUAAAAGGAGUGGUUAUAGCGCUAUGUUGUCAUCAUAGAUGUACAUGGAAAUCAUAUGUUGGUAAAGAGUUUAUACGUUCAGUAAAUCUUACUAGUACAGAUUUUAAUAUUAUGUCCAGUAUGAGUAGCUGGGCAACCUGUACAUGGAAAGGCUGGAAAGCUCAAGCUGACAAAACAGACAAUAAACAAGAAGAAGAGAAUAAAAAUAUUGAAAACAUUGAUGAUGAACAUGAAAAUAAUCCACAAGAAGAUUAUAGAGGUGCUAUAAAACUAGAGGCCAGUGAAAGAGAAGAAAUAGGUAGAAGAUGUAAGAGAUUGAUAGAUUAUGGUAGACUAAAGUUUUUACAGAACAACAGCUUUACUGUCACUUUAAAAUCUUAUAUUGACUUUUAUUUAACACCAGAAAAUAUUGUUCUGUUAGCUCAUAGAUAG